AUGGAAUCCCUCCUCGCCAAAGCCUCAAUCCAAGAAACCCUCCACCGCCUCGCCUACGCCCAAGACGAGCUCGACCGCUCCGCCCUCCAAGACCUCUUCAUUCCCAACGAACCCAUCCCCUUCGACGCCUCCCACCACAUGUCGCACAUCCCCGCGGCGGAGGUAACCCCAGACCAACUCUGGGAGGCCGUCUACCCGCACAGCGCGGGCUUCACGGCCACGCGGCAUAUGCUGGGCAACAUGCUCGUGACGUUUGAAGGGGAGGGGUUCACCAAGGCGCACGUCAAGUGUCAGAUCGAUGCGUACCAUUGUAUAGAUCGGAGGGAGGAGGGCGGGGCGUUGGAGAGCGUGACGGCGCGGGGGUUGUGGUUGAUGGACGUUGAGGUGUGGGAGGGGAAGUGGGUGUUUCGGAAGAUUACGAUCAGGAGGGAUGUGCCGUUGGAUCAUCCGGAGUUGUACGCGGUCGCGGUGGAGAGAUCGGGGAAGGGGAUGGGCAGGAAGGCGAAGGAGUAG